ACCAUGCGGAAACAACAAUAGCACAGGAGAGACUUGUCCUUAUUUGUUGUAGCAAUUGACAAUAAAUGUUUUUAUGCACUUAAAUCCCACACUUAACGCAAGAAUUUGAGAACAUGUUGAUGCCUUGUGACUUAAAUGACAAAUCCAAACCAAACAAUGACAAUGUUGUUCCUGUUGGCCUCUGGCCAGACUCUGCUGUAUGUGGACCAAGUCAAGCCAGGCAGGUUAGAAAGGCAGAAGAGCGCUGGGGAAAGGGAAUGUCUCAGGAAGGCAGAGUGCUCCGAACCCUGGAGGGGAGUAGAUUCUGACUGACAGGAGAGGUCCGUCCUCUGAGGAAUGUGAACCAUGCAGGUGGAUGCUGUUCUUGUGCUCUUCUGCAUUUGGCUCGCGGUUACAGCUGGGAAGAUGGCCCAGUCGAGGGGUCACAAGCUUGAGACCUACAAACAGAGCAGGUUGCGAAGAGAGACCAGAAUGGAUGGGAGCGGCGGUCACAAAUCCGGCAGUCCAAUUUACAAACGAAGUCCCGACAUGACAAAAUCGCCGAUGACAAAAUCUGAGCAGCUCCUGAGAAUAGACGACCAUGAUUUCACUAUGAGGCCAGCGUUUGGAGGUCCUCCAAUUCCUGUUGGUGUAGAUGUUCAGGUAGAAAGUUUGGACACCAUCUCUGAGGUGGAUAUGGACUUCACCAUGACUCUGUACCUGCGUCACUACUGGAAGGACGAGCGGCUGUCGUUCCCAAGCACCAACAACCAGAGCAUGACCUUUGACAGCCGCCUGGUGAAGAAGAUUUGGGUUCCAGACAUGUUCUUCGUCCACUCCAAGCGCUCUUUUAUCCACGACACCACGACUGAUAAUGUCAUGCUGAGGGUUUACCCUGAUGGCAACGUCCUCUACAGUCUCAGAGUCACUGUCACUGCCAUGUGCAACAUGGACCUCAGCCGCUUCCCUCUGGACACCCAAACCUGCUCGCUGGAGAUCGAGAGCUAUGCGUACACAGAUGACGACCUGAUGUUGUACUGGAAGAAAGGCAACGAAUCCCUGAACACAGACGACAGGAUAUCUCUGUCCCAGUUCCUCAUCCAGAAAUUUCACACCACCACCAAACUGGCUUUCUACAGCAGCACAGGCUGGUACAAUCGUUUGUACAUCCACUUCACCCUGCGGCGCCACAUCUUCUUCUUCCUACUGCAGACCUACUUCCCUGCAACUCUGAUGGUCAUGCUUUCCUGGGUGUCUUUCUGGAUCGAUCGCAGGGCCGUUCCUGCCAGGGUGCCACUUGGCAUCACAACAGUGUUGACCAUGUCCACCAUCAUCACUGGGGUCAAUGCCUCCAUGCCGCGGGUCUCCUACAUCAAGGCAGUGGACAUUUACCUCUGGGUCAGUUUUGUCUUUGUCUUCCUGUCGGUGAUAGAGUAUGCAGCGGUCAACUACCUCUCCACCGUGCAGGAGAGGAAAGAAAGAAAGCUGAGGGAGAGACUACCCUGUACAUGCGGAAUUGGCAACCCUGAUGAGAUGAUGAUCGACCCUCAGAUCACCGGCUACGGGUCUAUGGAUAUGAACACCACAGGGAAUUAUGGGAUGCCAGAGAACGGCGGCCGCCAAGAGCGAAUGUUGGCGCAGGUGGCGUUGAAUGACCCGCAGAUCGCAAGUCAGGUGAAGCCAUCCAGAGGCUACGUGAACAUUUGGAUAGACACCCACGCUAUAGACAAGUACUCAAGGGUUGUAUUUCCGGGUGCGUACAUCCUCUUUAACAUCAUCUACUGGUCCAUCUACUCAUAACCCGGGAUGAAGAAGAUCCUCUGUGAGAGUCAUCUGUAACUUCUGGAGGUCAACUUGACUCGAGCAUUUGUGAAAAAGCAGGAAAAAAACCACUGCAUUUGAUGUUUUUCAGAGAAACUGCUCAUAAGGUGCAUGGGGACCAUUGACAGAUUGGUGGCCAUUGCCUUCUUGACCCAGCUACUUAAAACUGAAGAGUUUAAAAACGACAAACAGGACAGUCGUCACUGGCUUUGUCACUCUGUCAAAUGCAUGUGGUUUCAUGCUGUAACUAUAGUGCUGUUGAUGGAAAGACUUUUGGAUUUUGUUGUCGCCUGAGGACUUAAUGCGCACAGAGACCCACAAACUUAGACCUGUGCAAAUGUGCAGUUUAACUCAGCGAGAUUUCAGUUCUUGAUGCAGUGACUCAUUUUCAUUACUGUGAACUGAAAACAGAUUUCUGACAUUUCCAGCGUAUGGAUUCCUUCUCCUGUGCUUAUGAAUCAGAAUUGACAAUCAAUGACAAAUUAAAAAUCUUUUAUGGAAUAGUUCCCUUAUCUGCUUUUUGGUGGAAAGUAAAACGAGAAGAUUGGACCCACUCUUAUAUCUGUUCUUAAAUAUAAGGCAGUUAUAAAGCAGAGCGUAGCUUAGCGCAAACAUGUAAACAUGGGGAAACAGCUAGCCUGGCCCAUGAGCGCCUCCAAAUCUCACUACUAACAAGUUAUCUCUUGUUUGUUUAAUCUGUCCAAAGACUGAUGUUAAAAAUGAAAAUUUCGAUUUUUACAGGGGGGUUAAGUGCAAGUGCCAACUUCCUGGAGUGUCCACAGGUUGUUUGAAAAUCACUCAAAGGCAGGAAAUCUACCAGGAUAUAACCUCUCAUGAAGUCACAACUUUUGGCUUUAUGCUUCAAUCUUUGUACGGACUAAAACAAACGAAAUAUAACAUGUCUAAUUAGUGAGAGCCAUAGAGGUGCUGUUAGACAGAUGAAAUCACCUUUGGGCACAGCCAGGCUAGCUGUUUUUUGUCAUAAUGCUCAGCUAAGUGUCUCCAGUCUGUAGCUUCAUAUUCGCUGUACUCACAUGAUGAUGGUGUUAAUCUUACCUGUCUCGGAAAAGUGAAUAAUAAGCGACAUUUCUCACAAUGUGGAACUAUUCCUUUAAAAACCUGAUUGAAAGUUUUUUUUUCUUUUGCAGUACUUUAUUAUAAUUCAGUAUGUUACAUUUUCUUGUGAUCUUUGUAUAAAUGCCAUUAUUUUGCAGUCAAGCUACUUACUGCAUUGCACGCGUGUAAUUUGACAGUUUAGUAAAAAGAGCAAAAUGAUGCCGUCUAUUAAAAUCAGAAAUGUAAAAAUAUAUGUUUAGUAAAUCUGAAAACACUGAUUAUAGUUUAAAAUUUUUUAAAUGUCCUUUUCUCUUCUUUUUUUAAACACUAUUGAAGCUCAUUUCCUCUGUUUAGUGUCGUGAGGCUUUGAGGUUCACUGUGACCUGUUAGUUGCUAGUUUUAUCGUCUUUUUCAUCUUCAAAAAACUUUAUACUUUGUUAGGCAAAAGAUAUCAUAAAAACAUCUUUUUGUUUAUGACAAUUUAAUGUCCAAACAUACAGACAUUAAAUGAAACCCUAGAAAAAUGCUAUAUAUGGGAAAAUGUUUAAUAAAUGUUUUGUUUCUGAA